UUCAUUGUGCCUCGAAUAUUGGCUGUGUACUGGAAUGUGGGUAGUACCUCGAGUUGGGCGGCUGACAGCGGCGAUUUGAGUAAUACAUAUGAGGCAAAAAAGUCUAUUGAUGUAACUAUAACGUGUUAAGCGUUUUACUGUCUAACCGACGACAGGGCACAGUUCCACGACCUUUGCCCCUGAAUAUCUGUGUUGCAGCCCAUCAAAUCGUUGUAGUUGAGAGACGUGCGCUGGUGAAUAAAGAAGAGAAAUGCAACAUGGCCUCCGCACGGAAGAAGCAAGAUGAGAAGCAUUUAAAAAUAUUACGGGAAUUAGUGUCGUUACCAGCAAACAAAGAGUGUUUUGAUUGUCAUCAGAGAGGGCCGACUUACGUGAACAUGACAAUUGGAUCAUUUGUUUGCACAUCAUGCUCGGGGAUGCUCCGCGGACUGACACCACCUCACAGGGUAAAAUCAAUAUCCAUGGCCAGUUUUACGCCUGAGGAAAUUGAUAUGGUGAAAUCGAGAGGAAAUGAGUACUGUCGGCGAGUAUGGUUGGGUUUAUUUGAUCCAAACCACUCGCAAGAUACCAAAGAUGAGCAGCAGGUCAAAGAGUUUAUGAUAGCUAAGUACGAAAAGAAGAGAUAUUAUUUGGAGCCAUCAGUAUCAUCAAAAAAUGGUCCCAUCACUUUUUCACCACCAGGAACACAAAAUCACUCACGGACAUCAACUCCAACCCCAAUGACUUCCAUACCUGAAACUAAGCCACUUACUAGUGUCAUUUCUUCCCAAGCCAAACCAGCGUCUCUUAAUAUAAAUACAUCAAAUGUAACCUCGUCGGACAACAUGUUCACUCCUGACAAAACAUCUGGGUUUCUGGCUGACUUUGGACCCUCAGAUCCGUUCAGUUCUUCUUCGCAGUUUACACCAACCAGUACUACAACCAUACCUUCAUUUGCAAAUUUUGAAAACAAUCCAGUUUUCACUUCUCCUAACAUUCACUUUUUUGGCAGUACAGCUAGCAGUGAUAAUGUUCCUCCCCGAUUUAACACCAACAGAUGGAGUAUGCCUACUGCAGCAGCUUUGUCAACAAUGAGUAAUAAUGUUUUCGGAAGUCCUGCGCGCAAAUCGGCAAGCUCUGUGGGUGUUGCUGGAACAAUGCAGUCCCAGCCACCGUCGGAGGAUCGAUAUGCUGCCCUUAAAGACCUGGACAGUCUGAUGAAAUCACAAGCUUCGGAUGCACAGGGGGGUGACUGGGCCACAGGUGCAUGGUCAUCUCCAAAUACGUCAACUGUCCCAGUCUCAGUAUUUGGUUCACCAUCUCAAAAUUCUCAGUUUCUUACAUCAUCCAGUGGAGUUUCUUCAUUGCCUGAACCAGCAGCGAUGCAAAACCCAUUUUCAGUUGCUGGCAUGAAUCAGAAUCCUUGGGUGCCAGCAUCAAGGGAAAAUGGUUUAUCCAGCACUUCCAGCCAGCCUGCCACUUUUCAAGCAAAUCCAUUUGGAAAUGGAAGACAACCACAACAUGGGUUUGGCAUUGUGACUGAUACUUUAAAUUGGAGUGCAGGGGCAAACAGCGUGCCAAAUGGACAGGUUCCAAAUGGUGGUAUUGCUAGCUUCCAUUCUCAAGUACCUGUAGCUGCUGUGGCUUUUCCCACUAGUCAGUCUAUGAAUUUUCCAGCGAAGGCCUGGCAGCCUAUUCCACCAAGUGGAAACCCAUUUGUGCUUGGAACUAGUCCAACGCCUGCUGGCCAUUCCAGCAAUCCUUUUCUAUGAAGAACUGAAUUUAUUGUAUAACAAUUUUCUAACUAUAUUUGUAAAAGGCAACAUAUGUGAAUUUAUUUACAAAUAUGCAUCACUUUCAGUUUACCAGAAAAUAAUUAUUUGUUUGUGUGUGCAGUGAGCUGUGCUUACAGUGUAAUGAAAUACUAAUUGUUAGAUAUGCGAGGGACUUGGCUCUUAGAGAGCGCUUUUAGUUUUUUUAAUUGUAGUCUUGACUUACAGACCAAGAUCUGACGCAAGUAUAACUGCUAAAGUUGACAACAGAUUUAUAUGUGAAUACAAAAUGACGUUACAUGUAAUAUAGCUGCAAAUGUUAGUAUUUGCAUUAAUUUUCAGACCAGAUAUUUUUAAAUAUUAAUGUGUGUUUUGUACAAACACUUUACUUGUAAUUUAUAGAGUUUAUAAAUUAACUAUUUAUUUUAUGUAUGUUGUUGCACUGUGUUAGUAAAAUAUGUAAACCAAAUGUUGGAGGAAUUGUUAUUUACUCAGUCCGUAUUCAAGGAUGGAUAGUGUGAGGCGCGUGCACGCACUUACACACACACACACACACACACACACACACACACACACA